ACAAACGUCAAACUUUUUUAAUGUUUUUGUUGUCGAUUUGGGACGCUCGAUUGAAUAAAAUCAAUUUUAAUAUCAUGAAAAAUAUGCCUUUUUGACUAUAUUUAGAUAAAUAUUGUAAAUGAAACUUGUUUUUAUAUAUAUGUGUAAUUUUGGCUCGAUAUUAUUACUUAAAGUGGAAUGGUGAUAUAAUUUCUAAUGCACUCAUCAUUAAAAUACUUAUUAUUGUGAACGAUGUCUAAUUUAACUAUGUGUAGAGUAUGCUUGGCGGUAGAUGUACGCAUGUUUGUAAUAUCAAACACCCCUCUACAAGAAAUAUAUGAGAAAAUAACGGAUAUUCCGCUAUCACCACAAGACAAGCCCCAUUUGUCCUGCUACAUCUGCCACUCCCUCCUGAAGAGGUGUCGUCUCCUACAGGCACGAGCUCAGCGGGCUGACCAACUGUUGACUCAGCUUCUACGAAGUGGUGUUGUGAUAAACAAGGAGUACUCAAUUGACCGUCAGUCAUACAGUCUCACUGGGGGCUACUGUGUCUCCCAGACUGAACUGAUCAGUACGGUUGAUGAAGAACCAGGUGGAGAACUUGAAGAAACCACCGUGAAGGAAGUGCCAGUCAAGGAGAAGGAAGAAAACGUUGAUGCACCUGCCCCAGAAACCAACCACCAGUCCGACAUAGACGGCAGUCAUCCGCCAUCGGACCUACAAUCGGAUUCCGAUGACGACGUCCCUCUCAAGAACAUCAGCGUCAAGAAGAGACUGGAGCAGAAAAAGAGUAGAGUCAGAGUGAGAAAGAAAGAGUGGCCGCAGAAGAAAGAAGAAAAAGGUUUCAUAGCAGACUUCGCCAAAGAGAUCAUUCUGACGAAGGAAGAGCAACUUCAAGAGUUGAGGGAGCGUGCUAAAUCUCUAAAUUAUUUAAACUCUCCGCUGAAGUGUGAACUGUGCUACAAGGGGUUCAUAGAUGCCAGGGCGUACGACAACCACCGAGGGAAACAUGACGAGCGGAGCGGCCCCCACGAGUGCGACAUAUGCCACAUGAGGUACUCCUCGACCCGUCAGCUGCGCACUCACGCAGCCACCUCGCACGCUAGACGAUACAAGUGUCGACAUUGCCCGCAUACCUCCCACACUGCUAAUCAAGCGAGGGAACAUGAGAAAUGGCACAGCGGGUAUACGUACGAGUGUAAACUGUGCGGGCAAGCGUUUAGGAAACCAACGUCAUAUCUAACGCACAUGCGCAAGCGACACCCAACUCCGCACGUAUGCAACCUCUGUGGAGACAGCUUCGUGGGUCGACACGGACUGUUGAUGCAUAAGAGUAAAGCACAUAAAGAUGACACACUAGCGGCCAAUCAACCUGAACCAGAGUCGGAGCGGUUCUGCGGCGAGUGCAACAUUCAGUUCGCGACCCUGGACGCGUGGAAGCGACACAUACUGAGCUCCGUCACGCACACACUCGACAACGAAAACAGUCCCCAAUGCCGUAUAUGCAGCGCCCGGUUCCCCACAACCGCAGGCCUCUCCUCGCACCUCAGGGAGCACGAGAAAGCUCUCAAGGCGUCCCGAAGCGCCCCAGUGCCCUGCAAGGCGACCGCCGAAUUGGCUUGUGACCAGUGUGGGUCACACUUCGUAAACCGAUCUAAGCUGCAGGCGCAUGUCAAGAGGAUACAUCUAGGCCUCAAGUACAAUAAGAAUAUUGUUUGCGAAGUUUGUGGGAAGAAGUGUACUUCCAACGCGUCCUUGAAGUACCACCAGCGCACUCACACAGGCGAGAAGCCCUAUCAGUGUUCAGCGUGCAACAAGAAGUUUUCAGACAACAAUCAGCUACGAAUACAUACCAGGACCCAUACUGGUGAGCGGCCAUAUUGCUGUGCGGCGUGCGGAAAGCGGUUCAGUCAGAAACCAGCGCUCAACAGACAUUACAGGGUCCACACCGGGGCUAAACCGUACAUGUGCCAGUUCUGCUCAAAGACCUUCAGCCAAUCCAACUCGCUGAAGGUUCACGUGAAGACCGUCCACCUCAAGCUGCCAGCUAACAGGCGAACCAAGACUGACGGCGACACCAAAACUGACGACAUUGUCGUAUUGCACGUCCUAUAGUUAUUUGGCGGGGUGGAUGAGGAUGCGCUGCCGCCAAAGGAUGUUUCUGUGGUACCGAACUGAACAUAGUACCCCGCUAGCCACAAGUUGGUAGUGUGACUAGGGAUCGACGAUCCAACAGUGUUGUGUUGGAAGUUGUAUAUAUGCGUCGCGCUGUGUAAACUUCGAUAGCGCGUUUCAGGAAUGCUUGAAGACUGCAUUAUUGAAAGUGGCGCCAUCUGUUGCAUGUAGGCGGAAUUAGGUUGCCAACUAGUUGGGUCCGCCACAGUUAGAUGCUUCUGUCCACUCACCUAACUUAUCUUAGCCUAUGUUAUCAUAGGCUCACCACUUUAUCCCGGGUUCGAAUCCCGGUGGGGACAUGUCACAAAAACUACUUUGUGAUCCCUAGUUUGGUUAGGACGUCACAGGCUGAUCACCUGAUUGUCCGUAAGAUGAUCCGUGCAUCCGAAGGCACGUUAAGCCGUUGGUUCCGGUUACUACUUACUGAUGUGAGUAAGUAGUCGUUACAUGGGCCAUGUCAGGGGCCUAUGGCGGCUCAAUAGUAACCCUGACACUAGGGUUGAUGAGGUUGGUAAUCCACCUCAUAACCCACACGAUAAGAAGACAGACCUUAUGGGUCCGCGCCAUGAAAUCCCUCGGCGCUGUCGCAGUAUAUGCGUAGAAUUAUAACAUUUUUUUUAUUUAGCUUUGGCGACAUGGCCAUCAGCUUAUAAAAAAACGUUACAAUUUUUUUUUGUUUUGGUUUUCCCCGAAGGGUAAGGCAAAGGGAACUAUGCCCAUACAGCCAUGUCUUACGUAUUUUUUUUCUUGAUGAUUAAUGAAAUGAUGAAAGGUGAUGAUGAUGAAACCUAAAGCCCCCACCCUCUGAGCAGACUCCUACUCCGAACCCCAAACGAAUUAACUCCUAAGUCCGCAUAAACUUUCGAGUUAUGAAGCGGCUUGUUGGCACGAAGCGAAAAUAGGUAGAUACACUUUGUUCAUGGAAUACUCCGAUAUAAUAACACUCGCGAAUGUUUUCCGACUAACUUAAUGCGAUCAUUAACCACAAAACACCACUUCGUGUUAAUUAUUUAGAGUAUUCAAUGAAGAAAGCAACUGUCCCGUUCCCGUUUCCCGCCAAAGAGCCACAUUUUGUAACAUUUAGGUACAGCCUCGCGCAAGUGGGCACAAAAAAAAAAAUUCAUAUUUAGCAAUAUUUUUAUUGCGGCAAAGAUUACAUUCUCUUUGUUUA